AUGGAAUGUAGUGAAGUUACCUCUCAAAUUAAUGCUGCAGAUCAAAAACUAAAAUCCCUUUCUGAAAGACUGAAAGACCUUGAAGACAGUACUAUGAGAAACCUCAAAACAUUAAAUAGGCAAGAGGAAGAUGAACUGGCUAAAGUUGAACAGCAACUGCAGUCUGAUACCAAGGCAGCUGGAAAAUUAGAAGAACAGCAGAACAGUCUGUUAGAUAGAAAUAAUGAUCUGAGCCAGAAGCUUGCAGAAUAUGAACCCAAACUGGAAGAAUGCAAAACCCGUUUACCAGCCAUAGAGAAUGCCAUUCACUCCGUUAUUAGAGUAUCAAGGGAUCUGACUGCUGUAGAGAAGAAAAUGGAAGACAUGACUAUAAAGGUGUUCAGUGUGGAAGAAGAGGUACUGAAAACUGUAUCUGAGAUCAUGGAUAUACAAAAAACACUUGAAAGCAUGCAGUAUGAGAACAGCCUGUUAAAACUGCAGAAUGAAAUGCUUGUUUUAAAGGGAAAAGUUAAUGACUUUGCAGAAUUUGCAACGGAAGCAGAGGAACAUAUAGAAAACCACCAUAGUGUGAAUUACGAGUGA